AACAUCUUCAAUACAACCCUCUUGUAUAACCCGAACUCAUAAUGUCUUCAGAACGCGCUGAAGACGCGAGUCAACAGCCUCUUCUGGCUGAGCAUCGUCAAGCAGAUCACGAUGCAGCCGCGUCGCGGGGUACUUUUACGCGUAACCUCGGCGCCAUCGAAGCAUUCGGAAUAGUCGUCAGUAUCGUCAUCGGAAGUGGUGUGUUCACUUCUCCUGGCUCGAUUGAUACGAAUGUUCCGUCACCGGGCUUGGCGCUGGUUAUUUGGUUGAUUGGAGGUGUUUUGGCUUGGACUGGUGCUACGACGUUUGCUGAGCUCGGGACUGCUAUUCCUGGCGAGGGUGGUGUUCAACCAUAUCUUCAGCAUAUAUACGGUGAUAUCUGGGGCUUCCUCGCAGCAUGGACAUGGAUCGUCACCGUCAUGCCAGCAACGCUAGCAAUCCUCUCCAUCGUCUUCGUCGAAAGCGCCUACUCAGCCGCAGGCGUCAUAAACGAAGACCACCGCAUAUCGCACAAGCUCCUCUCCAUUCUGGUACUCAUUGUAAUGAGCGUCGCAAACUCUAUCAGCACAAAAGCAAGCACUCGGCUUAACGGCUUCUUCGUGGUUCUCAAGUUUGUGAGUAUCCUUGUUGUGGUCAUGGCUGCGUUGGCUGUUGUUGGCGUUCAUGCUACGCAUCCUGAUAAGGAAGUUGGGGGAGGUGAUUGGUUUAAGAAGAAUUGGUUUGAGUAUAGAGAUACGUAUAAUCCGAAUGGGCCGGACACAGAUUGGAGCAAGUUGAGUCAGUGGGAGAUCUUUGGACAUUAUUCUGCUGCGCUUUAUGCAGCUCUUUGGGCUUACUCUGGUUGGGACAAGGCUAUCUAUGUUUCUGCUGAGCUUUCACAACCCGCUAAGCAACUUCCCCUCGCUAUCAACACUUCGAUUCCUACAGCGAUUAUCUGCUUCCUUGCUGCCAACGCUGGAUACUACGUUCUUCUACCGUGGAAUGUGGUUAGCACUACCGAUAGCGUGGCAGUUACUGCUCUCACGCGUCUCUUAGGUAGAGGCUUCGGUAUCGUUACGGCUGUUCUCAUCUGUUUGGUCGUUGCAGGUUCUUUACUUGGCAACUCAUUCGUCGCCAGCCGUAUGUGCGUCGCGGCAGCAAGAAAGGCUUGGAUCCCCAGUCUCUUCACCGUCGUGGGCCGAAUUGGCGUCAAGCCUGAUGCCGAAGAAACCGAGGAAUCUGAAGAUGAGUCUACAAAAGAAGCUGGAGACGCACCCAUCAACGCCGUCAUUCUUUCAGUUGUCCUUGCGUCUUUCUACAUCCUCUUUGGGAGCUUCCGAGCUCUUUUGACCUUGAACGGUCUGGGAGAGUACUCUUUCUUCUUCCUCACGGUUCUCGGUGCCAUCAUCCUACGAUAUCGCGAACCUGAUCUGGAACGACCUUACAAGACCUUUUCAAUCAACCCAGUAGUGUUUGUGCUGGUCAGCGGAUUUGUCGUUGCCCGAGGCGCCAUCUUUGCACCUGUUCAGGCAAUUGUCAUCCUUGUCAUCUGGGCUCUGGGGAUUUCCUUUUACAAGGCGCGACAGUAUCUCGCCACGAGGUAGAGUCGAUCAUAAGUAACGCGUGGGAAGGGAUUCCGAUUUGUGAGGCAACAGCUAGGACUGCCUCUGUCAUAAUGUGCUGAUAGAAUGGGCUUUGGCGACAUGAGAUGCGCUUAGAAUUUAUGGGUUAUACUCACCAAAUGAUAGCUAAUUCUUGAUACGAAUAAUAAUUCAACGAUUACUGACCGUUA